AUGGCAGUGACGGCCACCGACAAAGCAAUGGAGGCAACGAAGCUCGACCUAUACGCUCGCUCCUUCCUCCUACCUGCCAUUGCCACCGGGCUUGGGACUGGUGCUAUUGGUCUUGUCGGAGGCAGUGCUUAUGGACUACUCAAUUCUCCUCGGCCUGUGGCUUUCACGGGGGCGGUAACAGUUCAGAGUGCAUACUACGGGGCCAGCAUUAUAUUGGCGCGGAGCUGUCUGCUAGCUGCCUGCCCACCCGAGUACAGGGACAAACGCUCUGUUCGGACUCUGGCAAGUGGAACGGCUGGUGCUCUCUCUGGUCUCCUGGCCAGCACUUGGCAACAAUCGACCCGCUUCAGAACAGCUGCUUUGAUAGGCACCAUCAGUGCAGUCUCCCAGUUAGGCUACGAUACGCUGUAUAACAGGUAUAGCCGGACGCCAGACAGGACGCCGUUUUUGGAACGCAUGGCGAACAGCCGCUUCAUACCUUUGAGAUCCAUGCCAGAUGACGAAUAUGAAGGCAUUCUCAACGAACGCAUCGCGAAAAUUGAUGCCGAGAUCUCGUCGCUUGAGUCGCAGAUUGGUUCAUUGCAAAGUCAAAAAAGUCAGCUUACGACUUGA